AUGCGUGAAUUUUGUUGUGAUGCGUACAACGCCCUAAAUGGUUCUUCCGAUGAUGUUGAACAACCUCCCUCGUCGCAGCCGUCAACAAAGAAACCCAGUGGUCCUCCUAGUGGUGUGGAACAAAAAGAAGUAGAACCGCCAAAAAAGCGCAAAUACACUACAACCAAGGGUGGUGGAACGGGGAAGAAGCAGAAAGUUAAAAUUGUUACACCGACUGACGAAGAAACUAGUGAGGUGAGAAAAAGUUGUUUGCCUCGUAGGUGCCAAAUUAAAACCGGAAUAAUUAUUUUGUUAGAAUACAUGUCAAAAUAUCAUAAAAGUUGCGAUGAAACGGUUAGGCAAUUUCGAAGUGAAAUGAAUGAAAGAUUUGCGUUCCCAUAUGACGAUUUCUGUAGGGUUGGUUCGUUUGCAAAUAGUUUAGAAAAUGUUGUUAAAACAAUUUCGUAAUUGUUUUUUUAUAGCAAAACCAGGUCAUUGCAACCAUCAUUACGUAUAUGAGUCGUGCAAAUUCAGCAGUUGAAACUGUUAUGAAACAUCACGAGGAUUUAAAAAUAAUGUAUAAUUAUGAUCAUUAUAUACCCUUUGUAAAAAUGCAUGAAAAAAAAAUUAAUUAUGCAUAUCAUUGUGUGCAGAAAUUUAAUUUAAAUAUGAUGUAAAUAAGUAAAAUUUUUUUAUUUUAUAGUGAUGGUGGCUAAAAAGAACAUAUCUAAAGAAUAUGAACUAAUUAAAAAAGCUGCAAGAUUAUUAAAAGGCGAAACAUUAACUAGUGAACAAAAAAACUUAUAUACACUGCAUGCUAGAAAAAAAAAUAUUAUAAAACGUUUGAAAAUUCAUGUGAGUAAAAAAAAUGAACAAUGGAGUAUUGAUUUAGCUGAUUUAAAUGAACUGUCUGGUUAUAAUAAUCAAUUUCGUUAUAUUCUUGUGUGUGUUGAUGUAGCUACACGAUAUGCUUUUGUAAAAAUGUUAAAAACAAAAUCGGCACAUAAUGUCGCUAUAAAAUUUGAAGAAAUUAUUCGCGAAUGUGGUGCGGCACCUCGAAAAAUUCAAGCUGAUGAGGGUACGGAAUUUAAUCAUAUAAAAAAUAAAUUGGCUUUAAAAUAUAAUUUUGAAUUAUUUCAUACACAAAAUCGUGAAAUAAAAGCAUCGCAUGCCGAACGAUUUAUUCAAACAUUAAAAGUAAUGAUUCGACGUACUCUAACCGUUUUAUCCGGUUAUCGAUUUAUUAAAUAUUUACCCGUGAUUAUUGAACGAUACAACGAAUCACCGCAUCGAGGUAUUUUUGGUGCAAAACCUAUCGAUUUGUAUAUUCAUAAUAAAACCCCUCGUUUUUUAGGGUUUAAAAUUCUACAAAAUUAUUUAAAUGGUUCACACCCCCUUCAAGUCUCUUACGCAAGGAUCAGCGUGUUCGUAUUGCACGAAUAAAAAAUAGUGUUUUUGAAAAAUCUAGUUUACGCCGCUGGGGUCGAGAGGUAUUCACAAUUGACAAAGUGUUAAUUACAGAUCCUGUGACGUAUCAAUUAAAAGCGGAAAAAGACGGUGAAAAAAUUACGGGUAUAUUUUAUCGCGAAGAAUUGCAACCAUUAUGA